AUGGCGGUAUUAAGUCAGUAUACCUACGUUUUUGCCAUUACGACAGUAUUCGCAUUCCUGGAUGCUUGGAACAUUGGCGCCAACGAUGUGGCCAAUUCCUUCGCAACGUCCGUCUCUUCCCGGUCUCUGACCUUGAAGCAGGCCAUGGUUCUGGCAUCCGUUUGCGAAUUCUCUGGCAGUGUCACCGUCGGAAGUCGAGUAGCCGACACGAUCCGCACCAAAAUAAUCGACCCUCAUCACUAUGAUUCCUCCCCUCCCGUCCUCCUGCUGGCCAUGAUGUGCACCAUCGUGGCAUCAUCGACUUUUCUCACGGUUGCUACACGGUAUGGUAUGCCUGUUUCGACUACUCACGCCGUAGUCGGUGGGCUGGUAGGAACGGCUACAGCAUCCAUUGGCAUUCAAAAUGUGAAUUGGGGCUGGGCGGGCGUCUCCCAAGUAUUUGCGGCGUGGGUCAUUGCCCCUGGUAUCGCGGGCUGCUUGGGUGCCUUGCUGUUUCUCAUUACAAAGUAUACUGUUCUUGUGAAGCCGACUGCUGUAAAGCGAGCGUUUUAUUCGAUUCCGUUUUACACCUUUCUAACUGUUGGGUCUAUUACCAUGUUAAUUGUGUGGAAGGGCAUACAUGGGGUUGAACCAACAACGACGCAGAUUCUAAUUUCCAUAUUUGCGGCAGCUGCUGGUGGCGCGCUAUUGCAAAUGGUUUUUGUCAUGCCCUAUCUUUGGGUACGAAUUAUGCGGGAAGAUUGGACUUUGAAAUGGUACCACGUCUUUCAAGGACCUUGGCUAUUACGACGAGAACCUCCUCCCGCAACACCAUACGGCUUCACCAAGCCCCAGAUCAAAGAUUACUACCGCGGCCAUCUGACAGCCGAGGAAUUACACUACAUGCGAGCCUCAGAGACGCUGUUACAAUCGGUACAGACGAGCAAUCCCGAGCAGAGACCAGACGGAGACAAGGACGACGAUCUCAUCCUCCCGCCUCCAGCCACGUCUCCCACCCUCAACACAAGGCGAAGUUCGCAAUCAGGCGACUCCCUCAUCCCACCGAGGCCUCCCGGUCCGUUGACGAGCCUCCCAGUACUCACCUGGAAGAUCAACCGGUUCCUCCUCCGUGGCAUCGAACAAGACGUCAUCAGCAUGCAAAAGCGCAACGCCGUGUUAAAAUGGGACAUCGAAGACAUGCACUCCCGUGCAUCAAGGUUCGACAACCGAGCCGAGUACAUGUAUUCCGCGCUUCAGAUCCUCACCGCGGCCGCCGCCUCAUUCACCCACGGCGCCAACGAUGUAGCCAACGCGAUCGCCCCCUUCACCACCGCAUACGAAGUCUACACAACGGGCGUCAUACCCGAUAUCGUCAACAUCCCGAUUUGGGUGCUGUGUUUCGGCGGCGGCUCGAUUGUGCUAGGUCUGUUGAUGUACGGGUAUCACGUUAUGAGGACGCUGGGGAACAGACUGACGCUCAUUUCGCCGAGUCGCGGGUUCUGCAUGGAGCUGGCAAGCGCUAUUACUGUGCUGAUGGCGACGAGGCUCCAGCUGCCGGUGUCGACGACACAGUGUAUCACGGGGGCUACUGUGGGAGUUGGUCUGGCGAAUGGGGAUUGGAAGUGUAUUAAUUCGAGGUUGGUGGGAUGGAUAUAUUUGGGAUGGGUCGUUACGGUGCCGGUGACGGCGGUGAUUUCGGGCUGUUUGAUGGGGUUGAUGCUUUAUGCGCCGAAGUGGUGA